AUGAGCACGUACAUCGCCGCAUGGUCAUUGUCAGGCAACGAUACUUGGUCAACUGAUGAACUCGCAGACACGCAUGCAAAACUCGCAAAGCAACACGCCCUAUGCGAGAAACUCGAGAUGGACCUACUCGCUCUGAACAUCAACAGCGGGAGUGGGCCAAGAGAGGAGGGUACCUAUCUUCCCAUGGAAGGCUUGCUUUUGAAUGGUCAUCAUCUCUUUCGACUCGCCGCGCUAGCUUGUCUCACUCACCACGCUGCACUUUGUUCCGCCUCUCUUGUUACCUCCCUUACUGUAUGCUCUUGCCUCGUCUCUCGCUACCUCUCGUCACCUCCCUCGCUGUAUGCUCUCGCCUCGUCUCUUUGUCUCUUAGUGAUAACCAUCUCUCGCUUCCGUGCAUCUCUGACUGCCGCUUAUUGCCAUCUGUGUCGCGCAGUGCCGUCUCCGUCUCUUAGUGUCAUGUAA